GUGGUUACGUAUGCAAAAAAUCUAGUUUUACUUUGCAAUCUUGUGCGUCUAUCUAGGCUUACACUCCUACUACGUAUCAUCAUUAUUUUCGUUUUCUUAACUGUAUUUUAAGUCAUGUGACAUAUUUAUAAAACGAUCACUAAAAGAACGAGAGCGUCUGAUAUUGGAAGUAUAUUAUCUCGCCGUGUCCGUUACUCUCCAUUGUAAUGCUCAUAACAAGAGAUAACCCCCCCGCUGGGGGUCGCGAGCGCUUUGCAUCAGCCACAUCCAGAUAUGGGACCGACACCUUUGCCGAUUUUGGGAAACUUGCUAUCCGUUGCUUUUAACUUGAGGUCAAAGAUACCACAUCAUACUCUAUGGCGCCGCUGGGCAAACCUGUAUGGGAACCUGCUGGGUUUGAGACUGGGUCUCAUCAAUGUUGUCAUUGUUUCGGGGAAGGAUUUGAUAAAGGAGGUGUCAACUCGUGAAGUUUUUGACGGGAGACCCGAUGGAUUUUUCUUCAUGAUGAGAUCGUUCGGUAAAAAGCUCGGAAUCGUUUUCAACGAUGGAACCUCUUGGAGCAAGACAAGGCGCAUUGUUCUAAAAUAUUUAAAAAGCUUUGGUUACAACACACGUUUCAUGGAAAACUACAUAAGUGAGGAGUGUAGAGAACUUGUCAAGUUGAGAACAAACGACGCCGGGAGGCCGAUACUAGUGAAUAACAUGUUUAAUAUUACGAUUGUCAAUAUACUGUGGAGGCUCGUCGCUGGGAAAAGAUACGAUUUAGAAGACAAAAAGUUGAAAUUUCUAUGUGACCUGAUAAUGAGGCUGUUUCGUGCCGUAGACAUGAGUGGGGGCAUUCUGAACUUCAUGCCGUUUAUGAGGCAUGUGUUCCCAGGCCUAUCGGGAUACAAAGAAUUAAGCGGCAUACAUAAAGCUCUUCAUGAAUUCUUGAAGGAAACCAUACAACAACAUGAACAAAGCAUCGACGUCAACAACCCUCGUGACGUCAUUGACGCCUUUCUCAUUGAAAAAAUGGAAUGCAAAGAUCAAUUCUUUACAGACGAAGAACUUCAAGUUGUCUGCCUAGAUCUCCUAGAAGCUGGCAUGGAGACAGUUUCCAACACCGCGGUAUUCAUGCUGCUGCAUAUAGUCUUGAACGAUGAUGUACAGCGGCGGCUGCAUGACGAAAUUGAUGACGUCAUCGGUCCUCUCAGACCACCUGCACUCAGCGAUAGAGCCAGGAUGGUGUACACCGAAGCAGUAUUACUGGAGUCCUUACGAAUAUCAAGUGUCGCAGCCAUGGGCAUCCCGCAUAUGGCCCUUGAAGACGCGCGGCUCGGCAAUUACAUUAUACCCAAGGGGACAUUCAUUCUGUUGUCUAUGUAUGAUCUGCAUAAUGGUACGCAUUGGAAGGACCCCGACACAUUCCGACCAGAGAGGUUCAUCACUAAAGAAGGAAAUCUUAUUCAAGACGAGUCGCUUAUGCCUUUUGGAACAGGAAAGAGACGUUGCAUAGGGGAAGGGUUAGCUAGAUCGGAACUGUUUAUGUUCCUUACGCAUAUUCUGCAAACGUUUCAUAUCAAGAUACCAGAAGGGGAUACGAUGCCAUCUAUUGAACCUAACGACGGACUCUCGCUAUCCGCCAAACCAUUCCGAGUCAUUUUUGAAAAAAGAAAUUAGCUCUUGUCAUUUGUUCUAACGGCCUAUACUUGAUGAAUGGAAUAACACUGAUUUGGUUCUUGUGAAUGGAAAGACGGUUUUAUAAUUAAAUAUCGUUAGUUCUUGC